GCGCUCGCCCGCCGGUCGGGGACACACUUGGGGCUGUCGGUGACUCCGCUCUGCGGCCCCGCUCCUGCCCCGACCUGGGCUGCGAUUUUUUUUCUCUGUUUGUUUGUUUCUGGGGAGAGCCCGAGCAGCCAGGAGAGCCCGGGGCCAAGGCUUUCCCCUCUCUCUCUCCCUGCAGCACAGCGGAGAUGCUGGAAGCGGCGGUGAGUUUACAGCGCCCGAGAAGGGCGGCAAGAGGCGUAUAAACUCCUGCGGUCCCCUCCGGCAGCCGCUGCCCCACGACCCUCCGCCGGCCCCUCCUCGCCCCGCACGCCGCCGGCCUCGCCGCCCCUCGCCGCCGCCGGAGGAGGCUGCCCACCCCAGCGGCCCAGGAUGCAGUUUCGCCUCUUCUCCUUUGCCUUGAUCAUCCUGAACUGCAUGGAUUACGGCCACUGCCAGCCCGGCCGCUGGAGACGCAGCAAGAGAGCUAGCUAUGGACCAAAUCCAAUUUGCAAAGGUUGUUUAUCUUGUUCAAAGGAUAAUGGGUGCAUCAGGUGCCAACACAAGUUAUUCUUCUUCCUACGAAGAGAAGGAAUGAGACAAUAUGGUGAAUGCUUGCAUUCCUGCCCAUCGGGGUACUAUGGACUUCGAACGCCAGAUAUGAACAGAUGUUCAAGAUGCAGAAUAGAAAACUGCGACUCCUGCUUUAGCAGAGACUUUUGUACCAAAUGCAAAACUGGCUUUUACUCGCACAGAGGCCGCUGCUUUCGAAGUUGCCCUCCUGGAUUUGCAGCCUUGGAAGAGCUUAUGGAGUGUGUGGGCUGUGAAGUGGGUCAGUGGAGCGAGUGGGGAACUUGCAGCAGAAAUAACAAAACAUGUGGAUUUAAGUGGGGCUUGGAAACAAGAACAAGACAAAUUGUGAAGAAGCCAGCGAAAGACACAGUACCGUGCCCAACCAUUGCGGAGUCCAGACGGUGUAAAAUGGCCAUGAGGCAUUGUCCAGGAGGGAGAAGGCCAGCAAAAACAAAGGACAAAAAAAAGAAGAAAAAGAACUUGAUGGAAAGGGCUCAGAAGCAGCACAGCAUCUUUUUAGCGACAGAUAAAACAAGCCAGUAAAGACUUAAUUUUCUUUAAUAUAUUUUUUUUUGCAAAGUGCACAAAAGCUGCUAUAUGCUCCUGCCCAUGGAUGCACUACAGUUCAGCUGCUUUGACAGUAUUGGUGGCAAAUAACUUGUGAAAAUAAAGCCCACAAGCUUGUUUGUUUUAUUUAUAUAUUUUUUUAUUUUAUUUUUUCCUUUCAUUUUUGACCUGAAGACUUCAAGGUCAGGAGCACACUGAGUUGAAUCAGUGGAAGUGGUCCUGAAGUGCAUCAGAGAUAACGUUCUGAGUGCUUGGUCAACAUGUUGACCAGGAAAGAAAUCUACAUAGCACCAUUAGGCGGACUUGUGCAUAUUUAAAUAAAUAAAAAAAGGAAGUCUUGGAGGUGUAGGUACUGUUGCAUUUAUGGCCUUUGUUUCCUAUAUUUGUACAUUUUAAGAGUAAAUGAAUAUGACUUACCUACUUAGUGUUAAUGUACAUUGUUCUUAGCACCUGCUACAUCAAAACAGUUGUAUAAUAAAACUGCUUUAAGACAACAUGCCACAGGAUUCACUGCUUAGACUUACAGAAGCACAGCAGACUCUAUGUGUACAUACUACUCUGUCUACAUAUAAAUGAACAUAUUUACUGUACAUCUAUGCAUCUUUCUGUAUAAUACUUUAUACAUGUUUAAAAGUAUGUCCUGUUGGUUCUAGUAAUAUACUUUAAUCCAGUAAAUGUUUACUUUUUACUAUGUUUUAAGUAUCUUCUCAUAUUCCUCAAGAGUUACAAACUGGAUUUUUUUUUCUCAUUUGCAAAGGACACUCAUUUACAAAACUACCUUGCACUGACCCUCGCCAUGGAGUGUCAGUUCUGAAGUAUACUUACCAGACUAGUCCACAAAUCUUUUAUGCUAUUCUGUACUCCUAUCUCAGCCCUCAUGUAUUUUGUCUCAGAAGAACAAGUGUAAUGUUUUUAAGAUGAGGCACAAUGACGAUAGAUAUUUUGAGUUUCAGGACAGAAAUUAUAUGUAAAGUUCUUGGUAUCUAAGAUUGUAUGUGUAGUUUGUUGGUUUUUUUCAAAUAUAAUGCAGUGUUUUAUUUCAGUUAGUCCUGAUGCAGUCAGAAACAGAAAAUAAAUACCUGAAUAGGGGACAAACAAAAGAAAAACUUACUUGAGGUCAAAUUUAAUCUGCAGCUGGUGUUUGCUUUGGGUUUUUUUUGGGGGAUGGGGAGUGGAGACAAUUUUCUCUGUAGGAUGUUAAAAUGGCUCAGGAUGUGUAAUUUGGUAAUCUAGCAUUAUUGGGACUAUCAUUCAAGGAGAUUUUUGGAUACCUGCUGGGAAAAACUCACACUAAAAUGGCUGUCAUUUAAGAUGUCUGAGAAUAAUUAGAGAAAUUAUUUCAGUUCUAGGACUAACACUUGUAUAUGACCUACACAAAAAAUGAAAAAGCAAAACAGACCCCAGACCUUCACAAACCUCAUUUUGACAUAUACUUUAGAAAAAUCCCGCAAAUACCAGUUUUUGUUUUAUGGGCUAUAUGCUUUUCAAAUAAACUAAGGAAAUAAAGCAUCUGUAAGCACAAAUGUAUCGGUAUUUAGCUAUGACAAGAGUUGCUACCAAAAUGUGCAGUAGUUAGACACAUAUGAAUGUUCCAUAAACUGCUUGUGGACUUCCACUUAACUGUGAGAUUUUCACUAUAUGUUCAUAUUUACCUAGAACACAAUAAUGUUAUGGACAGUAAGAUUGUUCUGAUCCUGGGCUGCUAUUUUGGACAUAAAAUGUUCACUUCAAAA